UCAAUCCGCAGGGCUGACCGUCGCACUAGUCGGCCUGGUGGUUAAUAUGGAAUAUUUUCACAGAGCGGACUGCCAAAUCCUCUUGCACUGACGGAUAAUAGGAGCUCUGUAGUAGCGCAAAUUAGAAAACCAGCACAUUUCGCCGCUCUUUAUGGCCUCUGGCUCCGGAGAUGAAGAGGGAAGCGCGGAUGGCGUUUCAUGGAGACUCAUAGGCCCGGUAUCGGGGCUUUCCAACAAGCGCUGCCGUUUAAUGUACUCCUCCCACGGCUACGAGUCUGACGUCUGCCUAUUCUACGUGAAGGGGGAGUUUUUUGCCAUGGAUGCUCGCUGUUCACAUUCCGGUAAAGCCUCAGUACCCAAAUGUAUUAUCGCGAUCUCUAAAGGCGGCCCUCUGUGUGAGGGGGACAUUGAGGAGGCUGAUGGGGUCCUGCAAGUCUUUUGCCCCUGGCACGACUAUGACUUCAACCUCAGAACUGGGAAGUCAGGCUCCUCCUUACAGCAACAAGUGUAUGAGGUCAAGCUGGAGGAUGGCAACGUGUACGUGAAACACGCCAGUCGUCUCUCCUUGCAGCCUUUUCCUGCGGAUCAGAAGAGUUGAACCACCGCAUGCGGCUGCUUCCUCCCUUCGAAAGACCGCUGCAGCGAGCCUGGGCUUUUUUUAAGACUUGUUCCACAAACCCAAGCCAUCUGAAACUUUCCUAAGCCUUAUCUGUCACUUUCACAGACCAUUUCUCCUUUGAUUGCUGCAAACUCAGGAUGAUAUCAAGAGGAUUGUCUGAAGAGGACAUGACAUCAUUAAAUUGUUUCUUGCUGGCAUUCCAGUUAGAGACUCAUCACAGAACUGAAUAUGGAGAGCUGUAAGCUCACUGCUUACCUCGAUAACACACCAGACAGUAGUGAAUAUAUAAUAUAAAAACACAAAAUUUAACUCAGAUAUUAAACAACUAAGCAGCAUAUUUUAUUAUUGGCAGUAUAAAAGUGAAUUCCUGAAGAAGGCAAUAUUAUUUAUAAAACUACAGAGUGGAAUAUGUUUUUUCUUUACUUUUUUAUCAGUCAAAUAUGCAAAGUGGAUCUCUCUACCUGCCCAAACUAUUACAAGUCUUGUUAUACUUGUAUGCACUAGCAAGUAAAAAAGGUUCCCAAUGUUAUUUCAAAUUUAAAUACAACACGAUCAUUUGCAAAAACUCUAACCAUAAUUGGUAUGAGGGGAUGAAUUCACACACAGCUAGAGCCUUUGUGUUUCACAGUCAUGUGAGAGGUAACAGGAGUCAUUACAAUAUACUCAAAAUGCAGUGCUAAUCUAGUUCAAAUGGACAACAUGCUCAGAAUGAAAAGUACA